UCCCAAGAGCCAGGGCUAAAAAACAUAGAAGCCCCCAUACAGAUACACAGAGGAACAUGAGAGAGUUUUUAUCACCUCUUUUUUAAUUUUAGUUAUUUGAUUAAUCCCAGUCUGGACCCAAACUUGUGUUUUGUGGAACUGUAGCAGGAACUGUAGCAGGUGAAUAAAGUGUGAAGUGUUCUCUGUUGCAGAAGAAGGAGGGCAUGGCGUUCAUGGUGAAGCACAUGAUAGGAGGGCAGCUGAAGGAUCUCACCGGGGGUCUGGCGGAGGAAAAGCCUGAGGGGGAGAAGAGCGAGGCCGCGGCUAAAGGGAUGACCCAGGAGGAGUUUGAGGAGUACCAGCAGCAGCUGGCGGAGGAGAAGAUGGAGCGAGAUGCCAGCUUUGCUCAGAAGAAAGCAGAGAGGGCCACAGUCAGGAGCCACUUUAGGGAGAAAUAUAGGCUGCCAAAGAGUGAGCUGGAUGACACUCAGAUCGAGGCAGCAGGUAAAGAUGUGGAGCUUCCCACUGAGCUGGCUAAGAUGAUCGCCGAGGAUAAUGAAGAGGAGGAGCACAAGCAGUCCGUCCUGGGGCAGCUGUCCAACAUUCAGAAUGUUGAUAUGGACCAGCUGAAGGACAAAGCACAAGCCACUCUGGAAGACCUUAAACAGUCAGCAGAAAAGUGUGAAGUCAUGUGAUCUAAGCCAUUUCCUGUAAUUCAGUUCAUGAAGUGUAAAAAGUCAUUCAGUCUGGUUUUGAUGGAACUUGAUGGACUAAGAUUUCUUUACAGUGGUGGUGAUGGGAGCCAGGGGUUGCAAUGUGUACACCACACAAAUAUAGCCAUUUGUUAGCAACCUACAAAGGUUUUUAAUAUGAAGAUACUGCUGGGUAAAGUGUGGUAAAAUUGAAAGAAUAUAUUUAUUUGGGUACCAAAUUGCCUUACAGUACACUACAUAUUCAUCUCCAUCCAGAAUGUGACUUAAAGGUGUCCUAGAAUGGAAACAGUAUUUACUUUGGGAAAGUUGAAUAUGGAGAGUUUGGAACAUAGACGUAGCAUAAUCCAGCAUAACCGUAACCAUAUUUCCAAAAUCACCCAAAACUGUUACAAAUCAAUCUUGAAUCUUUGAUAUUUACACCAAAGAAAAUUGAUUUUGUGAAUGUCACUUUGCCUAAGACCUGAUUGAUGGAAGGAUAACUCAAAAUGCUUUGGCUAAAAGCCUUACCAUCUUUUCCACUAUCUAAUCAAAGGAUAUGAUAUCAACAAAUAAAAAAAAUUACAGUGUUUUUGCUACGGUGCCUAAAGUAGACUGUGCUAUGCGGCUACUGUGUAAGCUGUCAGAGUACCUCACUCUAAAAUCUAAGCAUUUUCAAUCCUGACCAGUACCAGAAUAAAUGCAUUCUGUGGCACCCUUACAAUGUGUUAAAGCAAUGUGCAUAGGGAUAUCUUAAAACUAUAAUAAAACAUUGUCUCAGGCUUCAGGCAGUGUAUUUGUUUUUAUUAUAUAUAAUGACUUUCUGGGGUAAACCUUUAGAGGCAUUGAAUUCUUUUAAUGUUCAUUCCUAAAACCACAACUGUGAACAAUUUUUUGACUCAUCUAAAUAAUUCCACAACAAACACACUCUGAAUGACUUUACAUUUUAACCCUUUGAUUAUGUAGAUAUGAGUGGAAUACCUCUUUAACAAACACAGAUAAUGCGCAGAUAAUUCUGCUGCUGAGGGGAAAAAGGGAAUAUGAUAUAAAUACAAAUACAAUUUUAUAUGUAUAAACCUCACAUUCCAAAUGUCAUAAUAACUAAACACACAAUGUUUAUUCCUUUCGUUCUUAAUGCACUUGUUACAUAACAAUAUAAGCCAUUCGUCUUUCUGUAUCAGUAGCCUAUGCAAAUAUCCAACAUGGUGUUAAAUACGGGCAUUUACUUUUGUACAAUAUGUAUAUUAAUGAUAUAUAUUAUUUCUAUUAUUUGUUAUAAUUGUUUUAUUUUGUUUUGUGAAAUUUCCUGCUGAAAACAAAGAUCAAAUAAAGUGGAACUAAACUACAAAAA